AUGAAUAACACUGAAAAAGAAGUUUGCAAAAUCCAUUCGAAUUCUGACAUUACAAAAAACAUUUCCAAUGUUGAACUUGAAUUAGGUUCUUCAGAUUCCAACUCAAAAGAAAGUAAAAGCUUAACGUUAAUAGAAACAAUUGAUAAAAAUGAACCAUCAUUAAAAAAUAAAUCUGUUUUUAAGAGCUUGGGUUUCCUUGAUAGAUUUCUGUACAUUUGGAUUUUUUUGGCCAUGGCAGUAGGAAUAAUUUUAGGGAACUUUGUUCCAAAUAUUGGCCAUUCUCUUGAACAAGGACAGUUUGUCAGUGUAUCCAUUCCAAUAGCUAUCGGCUUGAUUGUAAUGAUUUACCCUAUUCUGUGUAGAGUUGAAUUUGAAGUCCUUCAUCGUGUCUUUGCCCAAAAACAAGUCUGGAAGCAACUGGGAUUUAGCGUGAUUGUAAACUGGGUAAUAUGCCCAUUCAUAAUGUUGGGUCUUGCUUGGGCAUUUCUUCCAGAUAAACCUGAACUCAGAGAAGGCCUUAUUUUAGUGGGAUUAGCCAGAUGUAUAGCUAUGGUUUUAAUUUGGAACGGUUUAUCCGGAGGCGAUGACCAAUACUGUGCCAUUUUAGUUUCUGUCAACUCUAUCCUUCAAAUGAUUCUAUUUGCCCCAUAUGCCAUUUUCAUAUUAAAAACAAUCAGCAAAUCUCAAAAUGAAGUCACUCUUUCUUAUUCCCAAAUAGCCAAAAGCGUGGGUGUCUUUUUAGGAAUUCCACUUGGUGGAGGAAUAAUAACUCGCUUUGGUCUAAGACCUCUUCUUGGUCCACGCAGAUAUGAUGAUGUACUGAUGAAAUGGAUGGGAUCUCUUUCUCUCAUUGGAUUGCUUUUCACCAUUUUGAUUCUUUUUGCGUCACAGGGUAAGCGUGUAGUUCAACAAAUCGUUUCAGUUCUUAGAGUAGCAGCCCCUAUGGUUUGCUACUUUAUUCUUGUCUUCUUCGCAACACUAGCAAUUACUCUCAAACUUGGCUUUGGGUAUGAGCUUUCAAUAACCCAAAGUUUCACUGCUUCCAGUAAUAACUUUGAGUUGGCAAUCGCCAUUGCUGUAGCCACUUUUGGUCAUGAUAGUAAUCAAGCAUUAGCCGCUACAGUGGGGCCACUUAUAGAGGUCCCAGUUUUGUUGGCAUUUGUAUAUAUUGUAAACUUUAUACAUGGUCGAAUAAACCACAAUAAAUGA